GGGAUUCACCGAAUAGUGUUCACAAAAAAUGUUUUUAUUUCAAAUCUGUAGAUAAGGUCGAAAAAAAAUACCUAACAUUCAACAGUUGAUAUCCAACUACCGCCGGGAAAGUGAAAAAUAAGAAUUAAUACGGUAUUAACUGUGAAAUAGGUUACAUUACAAUUGAAUUAGUGCGUAUGUAAAACGAUAUAGGUACCUAUUUAUAAAAUAAAAGAUGAAUCCCGAUACAGACGGCGACACCAAACUCUGUGAGAAUUGUAAGCGGGAGAUCCCGACGGUAAACUUCACGAUCCACAGCGUGCACUGCGCUCGAAACAUCAGAGUAUGUCCCGUCUGCAAGGAGGCUGUACUCUUUGCUGAGCUCAAGGAACAUCAUGAGAAGAUGCAUCAACUAAAGCCGUGCAAGAAAUGCGGCGAGAGUGUCUGCGGCACUGACCUCGAGGAUCACAUCCGAGACUCCUGCGCACAUACUAUCAAAACAUGCAGAUUCUGUGAGCUGGAGCUGCCUCGCCGUGAUCUACCAGGUCACGAGAGCUACUGUGGAGUACGAACGGAGCAGUGCCCUGACUGCAAAGAAUGGGUCAUGAUCAAAUACCGUCAGCUGCAUUUGGACUCCAACCAUGGAUUCAUCCGACUGGACGAUGAUCCGUCUCCAGUGACGCCAAAGAAGGAGUUGCCAAAGAUGCCUGCUAGGCCUGCGGUCCCAAAGCUGACGAGAGCUAACAUAGCAACCGCUCCAUCUACCAGCAAUGGCUCCGCUUACCCACCCGCCAACAGCUACAGACAGAACGGCUUAAAGAACAUAAACUUGAGUCGAACUGAGAUCAGACAUUUCAGCACUGAUGGAGCAAGUUUGGAUCCAUCACCGACUGCUGGUGAAGGAAGCUCCAGUGAUUGGAGAGGUCACGCCUCCCCCACCAACGGGGCCAAGGUAUCUGCAAAGAGGACCAAUGACAAACCACAGAUAAAUACAAACGUUGAAGAAACGAAUAAAGUUGAUAAAGAUUUGGGUAUAUCUCGCGGCGCUGUGAAGAAGCGUCCGGCCCCGAAGCCCCCAUGUCGCCGCCCCCCCACCGACCUGCCAUCCGCCAUCCGCGACCUCCCCUACUAUAGCGCCAUGCAACGCCAGCAGGAUGAAGAGAGGCAGCGGCGAGAGCAGACUGCCUACAACUUGAGUGUUGGUCUUCCACCAGUCUUAAGCCCGGCAGCAAAACUGGAGAGACUACGUAAAUUGGACGCUCUUCAAAACCCAGAGGAACACAUGGAAAAGAACCGCCAGGGUCGAAUUGUGAGGAAUUUGGAAAACGACGGUGCGUCGCAACCAAGGUCUGGACCCAUCGAGGAACCCUCAAAUAGGCGGAAUGACUUCAAGAACCUGACUCCUAUGACUCCUGAGGAGUUUAUGGAGAGAUUCAGUGAGAUGCAAAAGAGGAAGGAUGAGGAGACACGGCGGAACAGUGCUGAGGGAGACGUCAGGAAGAACGGGGAUAGAUUCAGUGAGAUCAAGUCGUCUUUGAGGGAGCUCCGGAGAGGACUCAAUGAGGUGACGGCUCCGUACCAUUCGAACCCGAACAUCAGCGCAAACGCGAACAAUAACAACAAUAAUAAUGGUAACGGUCGCGCGUCCCCCGCCGGCGACGACGUGCGACUGCCGUGCGAGUUCUGCGCCACGCUCAUACCUGCGCACAACCUAGUGCAGCAUCAGACUGGCUGCCGACCUGAUCUGGCACAAUUGCGGCCUCGCAGCCCCUCUCCCGUGGGGGCGGUGGCCCUGGAGCCUUCACAGGAGCCCUACGACGAACCCGUCAUCCCCUGCGAAUUCUGCUAUGAGUCCCUGCCUGUCUACCUUAUCAGCGAACAUCAGGAACGCUGCGGCAGGGAGACCAAUUUGCUGUACCCUGACUGAACUAGUCUUCCUUAAGUAUUUACCAUUUUUAUAUUGUAGUUAUACUUACUCAUAUAGUUCAUUCUUAGGACAAUUUUAUUAAAUUGUCCACUCGUUUUCUCUUACUGCAUGUCGCUCGUAAUAUGUUUUGUCAAUAUCUGAAAUCUAUACUUUAUGUCGUCUCUGUAUGAAAAAAUCCAGUUAUUUUCACUGAUGAGAGUAAAUAACCAUUUGCGCCAAUUGUUAAACUUGUUGCGCAAAAUUGCGCAAACUAUGCGCAAGCUGGUUUCUCUCAUAUAAGUACGAUUUAUGAUCUCUAAAACCAUACGAUAUGAAAAGAAAUUGUGGUAAUUAGCGUAGGGCCAUAGAAACAAAGUAAUUGGUAUGUCCCAUUACAUGUGUAUGCGAAAAGAAGAGACUUGUUGGAAGUGACUUAAAUAAUGAUCUAAGAAUGAUGAUAGGUAUACGAACAGUGGUUUUAAACGUCUAAAAUAUUUCUAACGCUAUGCUGGACAUACAAAGGAACAAGAUAAAAGGAUAUAUAAGCGCUGAUUUUUCAGUCAGAUAAAAGUUACCUGCGGA